GUUUAAAAGAGAAAACUAAUGUUUAUUCUUCCUCAUACCAUAUGACAUUUAUGUAUUUUACACGUAAUUUAAAACGUGUGUAAUUAGAUUUAUAAAACUCGGUUAUUCGCCGUGCAAAUUGAAUAUUUUAUACUUAUAGGAAUAAAUUGUAUAUAAGAAUUUGACGUUAAAUCUUGAAAUUACAUUCAAUUCAUAAAUAUAAUGAAAGUGAAAGUUGGUGUUAUAAACCACAACUGGAUCAACUAAAAAAUGGAUCUUGCUGCCACGUUACUUUUGGAAUUAACUAUAUUAGUUUCAAGUUUUAUCGGAUUAACUGUGCCUCAAGACAUAUCGAGAACUAUACCAUGGUAUGAAAAUUUACCUGCUGUUGCAAUGGACUAUAAAGUUUAUAUAAAUCCUGGAAAAGAAGACUGCUAUUUUCAAUAUGUUAAUCCAGGGGCAACAUUUUAUGUCAGUUUCCAAGUAGUUAGAGGCGGUGACGGAAUGGUUGGAUUUGCAGUUAGACACCCAAGUGGGCAAAUUGUUCACCCUUACCAAUGGCAAGCAAAUAGUGAUUAUCAAGAUCAACACUCUGUAGGUGGAUAUUACUCAGUAUGUAUUGAUAAUCAGUUCUCAAGAUUUGCUGGUAAACUUGUCAAUAUCUACAUGAGUGUAGUUCGUUAUGAUUUGUGGGAAUCAUACACAAAAGAAAUUGAAUCCCUUAAUAUGAAUAUGGAAAAUUUUACUUCCUCUAUUAUUCAAAUUGAGAUGAAUAUAAAUAACAUGCGUCAAUAUCAACAUCAUUCAAGAGCAAGAGAGUCAUGGGAUUAUAACUUGCUCAAAGAUAACAAUACUUAUGUUGUCAGGUGGUCAAUUAUACAAAUACUUGUUGUUUUAGUUACAACAUGUGUUCAGGUUUAUUUUGUACGUAAAUUAUUUGAUAUUAAGACUGGGGGAAAUAGAUCAAGAAUUUAAAAUUGCUUAUUCAUUUCCAAGGACAAUAUUUUUGGUGGCAUAACACAAAUUUUUUUUUAAAUCUUUAUUUCGGACCCCUAACAGUACAAUGCUACUGGCACCAGUGCCUAAAAUUUAACAAAACAACUAAAAUAUUUCAAAUAUAAUAAAAAAUAAAAAUCAAAAUGAAAAAUUUCUUAAAAUGUAGUAAAUAAAUAUUCAGUCUAUUUUUAGGAAAUAACUUUUUAGGUCACAGCACAUUCUAUUCACAACAUCUUGUUCUGUUAUUGUCUGCAGUUUUAAAAUUGAAUUCUGUUAAAGUAUAAAGUAUACACACUAUAUAUAUAUAUAUAUAUAUAUAUAUAUAUAUAUAUAUAUAUAUAUAUAUAUAUAUAUAUAUAUAUAUAUAUCAGCCCCGGAUCUUCAAUUUUUUUUUAUUGAUUUUACGGAGAAUAUUCGCCCAAAUAGUUAAAUUAAGAAUAAAUUUAAAAUCCUUUAUAGCAGUUAAGAGAUUACCAGCGUCGAACUUAGCUUCUGGAGCACGAGCAGUUUGCUUAAUUUCUUCUAAGUCUUCCGCUAUUUUUAGCAAAUUAUUUAAUAGGGCAUUCACAGCAACGUGUUUCGCCGACCAUCUCGUCUGACUACUUUCUUUUAAAUUUGUUUUUGCGUAUUUUUUCAUAAUGUUCCACCUAGAAGUGGAACCAACUUUUUGAAUUAGUCCAAAUUGGUUUAUAGCUUCCUGGCCUCGCGAAUAAUAAAUGUUCAAGCAGCACGUCUCACUCCGCGCUCAGGGUAUCGGUCAAAUAUCAAAUAUAAAAGUUAAAUAAAUGAUGAGUUGUCCAUUGGUCCGUGAAGUGUGAAUUUGGCCGCCCACUGAAUCUGCCACCCGGGGCAUUGGCCCCGGCUUUCCCCCGCUAGAUCCGGGGCUGAUUAUAUAUAUAUAUAUAUAUAUAUAUAUAUAUAUAUAUAUAUAUAUAUAUAUAUAUAUAUAUUGGGGCUUCUUCAAUUUUUUUGUUUUCAGCCAAUAUUUAAUCAUCUCUUUAAUCUAACUCAUACUUCUACUAGAAUCUGAAACUAUUAGCUUGUGUUAUUGCUACUGGCAUUUUUUAAUGAAAUGAUCUAUAACUAGGCUUUGAUCUAUAGCAAAAUUCAGUAUAUAUGCCAGUAUUAUUGGUAUAUGUAUAACCAUUACAGGAAGAAGUGAUUAUACAUCUGAUUGUGAUAUUCUAUUUUUUUAAAUUUUAUAAAUUUUAAUUACAUUAUUUACAGUGUGGUCCAAAAUUAUGUAUAUUAAUUCAUAGAACAAAGUACUUCCAAUAAUGAGGGUACAUUCUUUUUAUACACUUUUUCUUUAAACUUAAUAAUAGUAGAAAUGCAUUUUUUUUUGAAGGGGUGGAUUGAGAAUAAUAUUUCUUCAAAUAGUUAAAAUUAUAAGAUUCAUGUUUUGGGAGUGAUUAUAUUACGCAUUAAUAUAACUCCCAAAAUUAGAUAAUAAAUGUAA